UUCCGGAAAGCGAGACCCUGAACUGUAGCUGGCCCGGCGCUGCUGCGCCGCCUCUCCUCUGCCCACCUUCCCCAGGGGUAACGGGGGAGGUCUGUGGCGCGCGGGCUCCCGACAUGAUGAGCGCGUCAGGCUCACGCCCGGGACGUCGCUAUGCGCGGGUCUCGCGGUGCGUCACCUUUAGCGCGAGCCAUCGGCUCCACAGCAAAUCUCUCAGUGAUGAAAAGAAUCUGAAGCUCUUUGGGAAAUGUAAUAAUCCCAAUGGUCAUGGGCAUAACUACAAAGUUGUGGUGACAGUACAUGGAGAGAUUGAUCCUGUUACAGGAAUGGUUGUGAAUCUGACAGAUCUGAAAGACUAUAUGGAGGAGGCAAUUAUGAAACCCCUUGAUCAUAAGAACCUGGACCAGGAUGUACCUUUCUUUGCAGAUGUUGUGAGCACAACAGAAAAUGUAGCUGUAUAUAUCUGGGAAAAUCUUCAGAAAGUUCUUCCUGUAGGAGUCCUUUAUAAAGUCAAAGUGCAUGAAACUGACAAAAACAUUGUCGUCUACAAGGGAGAGAUAUCAGCCGUUGGGGAUUAAUAUUACUAUCUUAACAUUAAAUUCAUGGCUUGUCAUUUUGAAAAGGAACUUUAUCUAUUGAAGUAUUAAUAAGCUGCCUCAUAAAUGUUACCAUUGUUGUAUCCUGGAAUAUCUGAAUGUAAAAACAUUUCAAAUGAGCAGAUUUUUCAUUUAAGUCUAGAGUUGUACUUUACAAUUUUAAAAAAAAUUUGUUGGCAGAGUGCUUUGGUGUAUCAUUAAAAAAAUCUCUUCAUAUUA